AUUUUGAAGUUUCCUUAAUUUUAACUUUUCUCUUAGUGCUGCUUUGAUCACAAAAAUAAUUCUUUUCUCAACUAGAAUUCUUUCUGCUCAACGUCUGUUGAAUAUUCACAGAAAUGGAUGCUCUUUUGAAGCAAUUGGAGAGACUACAGAGGCCAAUAGAUAUGGUCCAAACUUUCCAUGAUUGCCAAAUUAGAGAAGUCCCUGCUCGAUAUAUUCUUCCGUUUGAUCAAAGGCCAUCUCUUGCUCUCGAAGCUCCACAAUCUAUUCCUGUCAUUGAUUUAGCAGCUCACCGCUCAGAAAUAAUAACACAAGUGGCCCAAGCAGCCCAAGACUGGGGCUUCUUCCAGAUAAUAAACCACGGGAUAGAUCUUGCAUUGUUGGAGAGGGUUAAAGGUGUGUCACAAGAAUUUUUUGAUCUUCCUUUGGAAGAAAAAAGAAGACAGUGUCCAGUAAGGCCUGGUACUCAUUUGCUUGAAGGUUAUGGCCGCUUCUAUGACAUCUCGGAUGACACAGUCUUGGAUUGGGUUGAUGCCCUCGUUCAUUUUAUCUCUCCAUCCUCCGUCAAGGCAGUAGAACACUGGCCAAAAAGACCCCUCACAUACAGGAAAACCUAUGAAAAAUAUGGAGAAGAGGUACUUAAUCUUACAGAUAAAUUGCUGGGUUUUCUUUCUGAGGGCUUGGGGUUGGACUCUGAUUAUGUUCAAACCCUUAUCAAGGAACCCCUGCUUCAGCUCAGAACCAAUUAUUACCCUCCUUGCCCUCAGCCGGAUUUGGUGAAUGGACUUAGACCCCAUUCUGAUGGGGAUGUGCUCACUAUCCUGCUAGAUGACCAAGUUGUGGGUCUCCAAGUUCGGAAAGGAGUAGAAUGGUUUAACGUAUCCCCUGUUCCUGGAUCGCUUGUUGUCAACGUUGGUGAUUUCUUGGAGGUAGAUUCAGAACUGCAUACAGACUCAUCUUCUUAUCAACUAAUAGCUCUGCGGAGCUGGACUCUGCCUAGAGUGGAUAGCAAAAUACAAUGUAAACUAAACAGCUACGAAGGAGCAGAAGAUAACAAAAAGCAAUAUUUCCAAACUACCCACAAAGCAUGUGAAACCUGCAGAUAGUACAAUGGUCCGGGUUGGAGGAGUAAAGGGAAAAUCCAUUCAAAUCCAAGAAAGAUCAGCUUUGACUGCUUCUAUUUAAUGCUGAAGAGUUUGUCUGCAAAUGGAGGAUACAAAGGAUAUGGAGUUGACAGAAGCAGCGGUAAAUAUUAAUGUGCCUAAGGAGGAUGUAAAGGUGUCUCUAUAGAUGAGGUAAUUGGAAUUACAUUCUCCAACACUUAAUGCAGUGUACUUUUAUUGGUUGUCUAUGUCUAACUCUGGUUCGAGCCUUAGGACCUCCUAUUAAUAUUCUGUGGUGCUCUAGUUAGACUAGGAAAUCCAAGCAAAUAAAUUUAUAAAUGUGGCUUUUGAAUUCUGGAAGAACUCUCUAUAGUCUAGAUUUCAAAGAGAUAAGCAGCUGGGGCAGUAAGGUAUUCCUGCUUUGCUAGGAGAUCCUAAGUUUGAGUCCAAUCUGGUAAGUAAAAAGUAAUAUAUAGGUUUCCCUUGCUUGUGAAGUGCAGUUAAGAGUGUAAAGUAUCUUUCUCAUGCAUCAGCAGUUUUACUUUUUAUUUGUAAAAGUAGUUUUGCAACGUUGGUAGUUGGGAGGAAAUCUAAACCAAGUUGCAUGAGCAUGAUUUAUGGCUUGUAAAGUCCAACUCAGCAAUUAUGCAGGUAUGCUUGGUAUUUGUAUGGAUGGAUUUGCACUAGAAAUGAAAUGCGCUUUGAUUUUAAAAUACCCUA